AUGAAGGCGUUUUGCGUGGCCGUCCUGCUGCUCUGGGGCCUAACUCUGCCCUCUUUGGCGGAUGUGUCAAUGCCAUCUUGUGCGGCAAAUUGCUUGGAAACAUUCCUCCCUCAGUCAGCAUGCAACGCGACAGACACUGCCUGCAUAUGCUCGGACGUUACGUUAAUGGGGGAAGUCCAGAACUGCUCGCUGGCGGCAUGUACAACGCUUGAAGCCCUGACUGCUUUGAAUGCAACCAAAACCCUCUGCGGCGAGCCUGUUCGAGACAUUACGAUGAUCACCCCCCUCGUCACCGCUAUCUCCGGGGCCCUCGCUAUUGUGGCAGUUGCUAUGAGGCUCGUUGACAGCUUAGCCCGGGACAGUCUACUUCAUUGGUCCAACUUUUGCGUGGUCUUGUCUCUUGCCUGUUCCGUGGUGAUAGGAGGUCUCGAAUUCCCAAUGUCUACGUACGGCUUCGGAAAGGACGUCUGGACGAUCCCUCAUGACAAAAUCACACGAAUCAUCAUGUUCACUUGGCUCACAGAAAUACUCUACAUGGUAGCACAGGGUUUGACCAAAGUGGCCAUGCUGCUCUUGUAUCUCAAAGUCUUUCCGAGCCAGACGUUCCGAAGAACAUGUUUUGUCAUGGUUGCCAUCUGCCUCGCUUACAUACCAGCCAUGGGCCUCGCCACCAUAUUCAAUUGCACUCCGGUCAGCUACAACUGGACGGCAUGGACAGGGGAAACAAAGGGCCACUGCUUCAGUUUCAACAAAUUUGCAUGGGCACAAUCCAGCAUCAAUAUCGUGCUCGACCUCAUCAUCAUCCUGCUCCCGAUACCACAGUUGUGGAAGCUCAAUAUGGGGCGGAAGAAGAGGAUCCAGCUGGUGCUCAUGUUCAGUGUCGGACUCUUUAUCACCGUAGUCAGCGUUGUCCGGCUCUCUGCCUUGGUUAAGUUCGCGACGACAACGAACGCCACCUAUGACAAUGUCCCGACAGCUUACUGGAGCGUCUUAGAGCUCUUUGUGACUAUCAUUUGCUGUUGCCUGCCUGCGGUCCGCUCGCUUUUGAUGAGGGCAUUCCCAAGCUGCUUCGGGAGCACUGGGGACAGCAAAAACACACCACCACCGUAUAUGACCCCCAAGUCGCCACGCUACAAGUUGAGUGGCGGGAUACAAAAGAGUGUCACAAACACCAUUACAUUUGGACCGAGCUCUGGCGAUGGAGGAUCGCAUAACUCAGACAUCGAACUGGUUGACGACAGGUGGCACGAUCGCGACUAA